CGUUCCUUCCUCGUCUGCCUUCCCCCUCAGAGGGUUGAGGCGCCGGCGCCGGCGGUGUCCGUCGUCGUCGUCGUCCGGGCAGGGGGGCCUGAGGCGCGUCAUGGCGGCCGAGGAGUCGUCGUCGUCGUCUGUGGUGAAGGCGCAGCUGGCCUUGUCUCUGUCGGAAGCGGCGGCGGGCGGCUACAGCGGCGGCGAGACCGUGUCCGGGCGGGUGGUGCUGGAGGCGGCGGCGCCGCUUCCCCUCCGCGCCCUCCGCCUCGAGGCCACCGGGCGCGCCAGAGCCGCUUGGGGCGAGGGAGCCGCCGCUGUGGCCGCCGCCGCCGCUUCUCCCUCAGCGGCAGCAGGAGGGGGCCCGGGGGCCCGGCUGGAGGCGGAGGUGCCCUACUUGGACGUCCGGCAGCACCUGCUCGGGCAGGACCCGCCCCCGGCAGGUGAUGAGGGCUUAAUCCUGUUAGAAGCCGGAAAACAUGAAUACCCUUUCAGCUUUCAACUCCCCCAGCAACCUUUAGCAACCUCUUUCACGGGCAAAUAUGGCAACAUCCAGUACUGUGUGAAAGCAACCCUGGAAAGGCCAAUGGUCCCUGAUCAAACUGUGAAGAGAGAGUUCCAGGUUAUCAGCCACAUAGAUGUCAAUUCACCCGUUCUACUGAGCCCUGUAAGACGAAGCCAGGAAAAGAUGAUUGGAUGCUGGUUUUUCACUUCUGGCCCAGUUUCCCUCAGUGCCAAAAUAGAGAGGAAAGGCUAUUGUAAUGGUGAAGCAAUACCAAUUUAUGCAGAAAUUGAGAAUUGUUCCUCUCGCUUAAUUGUUCCAAAAGCUGCUAUUUUCCAAACACAGACUUAUCUGGCUAGUGGGAAAACGAAAACUUUUCGGCAGAUGGUCGCCAAUGUGCGAGGAAACCAUGUUGCUUCUGGGAGCACGGAUACCUGGAAUGGGAAAACUUUGAAAAUUCCACCUGUCACCCCUUCUAUCCUUGACUGCUGUAUUAUCAGAGUUGAAUAUUCCUUAGCUGUGUACAUUCAUAUUCCUGGUGCUAAAAAGUUGAUGCUUGAGCUGCCUCUAGUGAUUGGCACAAUUCCAUGUACUGCAUUUUCCAGCAGAAACUCCAGCCUUGCCAGCCAGUUCAGCAUGGAUAUGAGCUGGUUGGCACUAUCAAUGCCAGAACAUCCAGAAGCACCGCCCAAUUAUGCCGAUAUCGUGUCAGAGGAGGAGUUCUCAAGGCAUGUUACUGCUUAUCCACAACUACUUGACUGCAAUGAAGAACUAUGCUGCCCUAUGUUGGCCUACAUUCAGGAGUUCCGGUUUCAGCCCCCACCUCUCUAUUCAGAGAUUGACCCACAUCCUACUGAGGUGGAAGACAGACAGCCAGUUUCAAUAAUGGCUUAAGGAUGAUUGAGAAAGCUGCAUCUUGAUCAGAUGGAAUAUCUUGAUUUUGUUUUCUACAGCCUAAAAGUUUUUUUAAAGCAAUUUAUUGCUUAAAGUUAUCAAGGCAACUGAAACAUUAAGAUGGACUAUGCCUUGCCUCUUUGAGGAGAGGCAAGAGAUGGAAGAAAGUCGUGUAGUUUAGUUGGCAAAGAAGAAACCAUGAGGUCAGAUUACCAGGAAAGGCCCCUAUCUUACCUGGAGCAACUGAAAAAUAACUAAGAAGAGAGAAAAUUUAGAAACUGGUGCAUAUAGUGCAAAAAUCAUGCUGAGGAUAUUUUCAAGAGCAGCCAAACCACAUUACAAAAAGGCUGCACUGAGGAGAUAUAGUAGUUUUAUCUGCAUGACUAAAUUAUCCUGAGAAGGGACAUAAAAACAAGAGUAAGUUUCUAAAAAGCACUCCUUUAGUUUACAAGGGCUUCUGCUUGAUAAUUUCAGUACCCAAGCAAGAAAAUCUGAGGUCCUGACUGUACUCAGCAUCAAAAAUAAGAAUGUAUUAAUUUAAAGAAAGAAAGAAAUGUCAGAUGGACACCUAUCAAGUAGUGGUCUUAAAAUGCAUAUUGCUUUAUAGGGAAUAUUAAUAUAUAGCAAGAGUUAUGAAGGUGCCAGCUCUUUUUAAUUAUGAAUGGCAGACAUUUAUUUCAGUGAUGAAGCUGGAGUUUUGUUGCUGCACUUCAAGUUUUUGUUUUGUUUUGUUAAGGGAAAUACAGUUAAGUUUUCUACAACUCUCCAGAACUGUUUCCCCCCCCCUGCAUCUUUACCAAUGGGACAAAAUCUGGCAAGGGCAGCCAAAUACUACACCAGUCCUUAAAUUCAGCAACUUGAGCCACUGCCACUAGAGCAAUUAUAGGUAGGAUGCUUUAGAACUCUGCAGGAGUGUCUAUAAAGAAUGAAGAAAGGAGUAGCUAUGAUUUCCAAUAAUGAAUUACUGUGUUUAAAAGCCUUUUUAAAAAAAUCUACCUCUGUUUUGGAUAUGAGACCUGAGACCAAAAAGCGUAAUUCUGCAGUUGGAUCUGCCCCUGUUAAAUUUCCAGUUUGAUAGUCAUUUCUCUAUGAAUUUUGGGGGUUGGGAGAGAGGUUCUUGGAGAAUCAUUAUUUAGUAGGGCAGUUCUCCUUAAAAGCAACAUGAGAACCUUUAUCCAUGCACGUGUUUAUGUACAGCAAUCUGGCUCACUUAUCAGGGAAUAGUUCUUUGUUUUCUUCAGAAUUGGGCUGUGUCUUUACUAUGGUGCAAUAUAACUUGAGUUGUUCCUCAGGUCAUUUAGAAUAGUGAAUAUUGCUGCUAAGUAUAAAGUCUUAUAUUAGGGGUGCCUCAUAGAUUGAAGGAGAUCCUGUCUAGUAUGUACAUUAUCUUUUUAAGCAGAUAUACUGCAGCUGGCAAGAAACCUAAAUUGUCCAUUAAAUUCUGGAUUUAUUAUGUUUGCAAUGAGUAAAAAGGAAGUAGUUCUAAAGGGGGAAGGAUUUCUUAGCUUUUAUAUGAUAGGGCAUGCACCUGCAUGAUGCCGCUCGCCUUCUCCCUUCAGAUCAAGCCUUUGGUAUAGCCCCCUUGGGCCUAUGCCCAACAGUGCAUAUACAUUUCCCUGUUUCCCGCUACCUUCACUUCUCUUCUUCUCUUCCUGUCUCUUUUAUCAAAUUAUGGAUUGCAACCUGCUUGGGCAGGGACUUGACCUCUUGUACACUGCAAAGCACCAUACCUUAAUGACCCUGUAUGAACAACAAAUAACUUUGAAGCAGUCACCAUCUUAAGGAAAAAAACAGUGCCUCUAAGAUGACUUCUGCAUCUUUAAAAAUAGUUUUUAACAGGUAUAAGAAAAUUAAGCUGCGGCCUGAUUUAAUUGGGGUCACCACUUCUAAACAAUUUACAGUAACAGAAUAAUAAGCAUUGAAGCUUUAAAAGACACACACACACACACACACACACACGUGUGUUAAGGGCCCUGGAAUCUGCAUUACUGACUUCCUCUAAUAUUUGUGUUUUCUUGCUGAGUGGAUAUUUCUACUAGUGAUGGGGUCUGUUAGCAGUUUGUGGGGAGGCCAGAAGUACAUUUUUUGUUAGACUUGUAUUCAUGGAGGCUGAUAGAAUUCAUUUUGAUGGAGGCUUGUCAGGCACAGCUAUUGGGGAGGGGAGAAUUAGGAGAAGGGAGCAAAAAUAAUUGAUUAUGGAAAGAAACGGCAGUGAAACCCUAUAUUCUUAAUAUGAGCACACCAAGAAGAAAAGGCAGUGGAUCCCUCCCAUUAUUGUGGAGUGGAUAAAAGUCUUACUUGCUCAAAGAGCUUCACCAGCCAUUAGUAAGCAGAGUGGAGGCUGGAUUGCAGCCAAAGGUGGCAGAGAUUUCUCCUGACUUGUGUGCAAUGCCUCUUGAGAGUUUAUAUGUGUGUGCUUAUUACUGCCUGUUGCACUGUUGCUUACAAGUUGCCGAACAAGGUGAAAUUUAAACAACAUGAAUGGAGGAAGAGUCCAUGGUGCAAUAUAGGGACUAUUUGCUACGAGUCAGCAAAUGACUAACUAGUCAAAAAAGUGAGGGACUUCUAAAGCCAAACUAUAUUUCACAUGGAGCAGCCAGUUAGUUCUUUAGAGUCUAUCUUUCCCUCCCCUCAGCCAGGUGAAUUUCUUCCUCUUUUCAAGCUUAUCUGAUACUAGCAAAAUGCCAGUGUUUGCAGUGGAUGGAGUGUUUCUGGAAAGGCAACUUUGCAAAUCAUUUGUAGGGGUCUGGUGUGCCCCAGGCGCUUACAUCCUUCUUGUGAGAGUUGAGUUGUCUAGUACUAGAGAUAAAGAUCGUUACAACAUUGUUUGCAGGCAGAGCAGCUGGCAUCCUACCCAACCCAAAAAUAUCAACAAGUAGUUUGCAUUGUGAGAGGAAGUAAGGGGAAUGGACUUUAGGGUCGCUUAGCCUGUGCUAUGAUGUUCCCAACCACUUGGUGUGAAACCUGCUGGGUUCUAUUGCUUGGGCACAUUAGAGUAACAGUUUGGCAAAACUGACUUCUAGACGUAUUUAUUCAUUAAUUAUCUGAAGUGAGGAGCUAGAAAUGCCUAAUGUUUUAUGCUUGUUCAGAUGAGAUGAGAAUGUGACACUUUGCCCGUUUGCUGUGUUUAUGUAUCAGAAAGAAAAAGAAGCUUGAACCAAAAUUGCAUUGCAACUUAUUCUUAAAAAAAAAUACACUUGUCUUAAAAUCCAAUCCUGCAUGGUAUCCCAGAUGCCUUUUUUAUGGGAUGCCUGUUUUUAAAAAAUGCAGGAUUUCAUCUGAUGAGAACUAAAUUAAGUCUCUUAACUCCUAUUUAUUACUUGAAUAGCAAUACCAUGGCUGUAUAGCAUGCGUGUCUUGGGAGGACUAAAACAAUGGUUAUUAGGUGCUUGCAACGACUUGACUGUAAUACCAAUAAGAGCUGGCUGUUAGUAUCAUUCUUGUCAUACAGCAGAAGAGCAUCUAUCAGUACAAAGAAUGACAAUGCUGCUCUUUUGUUUUCAAUCUUGGGAUCACUCCUGGGUUACUUGCAAAUAAACUGUAACUGUAACUGUGGCCUUAAGUAGUAUGUGAGCGGGGGCGGGGGAGUCUUCAGAAGCAUGCUGUAUCUUUAUAAGGCUCUGGUUUGAAACUGAAAAAGCAAAGCUCUGCCUCCUGUACUUAAGGCAGAAUUUGCUCCUUAAUAAUGUAUGUUGCAUAAUGAUGAAUUCAAUAAUGCAGGGGUUUGUGUUUUUGUGUUUUCUCAGCUACUGUAAAACCAGGUUAAAAGCCAAGCAAAAAAAAAAAAUCACCCUGAAAAAUGAUUGUACUUUAUAUUAAAGUUUGAACCCUAUGGGUUCGGUUUCUUAAUAAAAGCACAAAAAGCA